UGGGGAAAAAACGUAAUAAACAGUUCCUUCCACCUUUCAGCAGCCCAGAGAAAAUUUGCUCAUUCUCUGAGAGACUUUAAAUUUGAAUUCAUUGGUGAUGCAGAGACAGAUGAUGAAAGAUACAUAGAUGCAUCACUUCAUGAGUUUUCAAACUUUUUAAAAAACCUGGAAGAACAAAGAGAAAUUUUGGCACUCAGUGUUACUGAAACUCUGAUCAAACCUUUGGAAAGAUUUAGGAAAGAGCAGCUAGGAGCUGUAAAGGAGGAAAAGAAGAAGUUUGAUAAAGAGACAGAGAAGAACUACAGUUUGUUAGAAAAGCAUUUGAAUUUAUCAGCUAAGAAGAAAGAGCUACAAUUACAAGAGGCAGAUAACCAAGUGGAACAGAACAGAAAACACUUCUAUGAGCUGUCCCUCGAGUACGUGUGCAAGUUGCAAGAGAUACAGGAGCGGAAGAAAUUUGAGUGUGUGGAACCUGUGCUAUCAUUUUUUCAGGGGUUGUUCACUUUCUAUCAUCAGGGAUAUGAACUUGCUAAAGACUUCAAUCAUUACAAAAUGGCCCUGCAGAUAAAUAUACAAAAUACACGAAAUCGUUUUGAAGGAACAAGGUCAGAGGUAGAGGAGCUCAUGAACAAGAUCAGAAGAAAUCCGCAGGAACAUAAAAGAGCAAAUCACUUCACGAUGGAAGGCUAUCUCUACGUUCAGGAAAAAAGACCUGCUCCCUUUGGUUCCAGCUGGGUGAAGCACUAUUGCAUGUAUCGAAAAGAGACAAAGAAGUUCACCAUGAUUCCAUUUGAACACAGAUCAGGAGGGAAAGUCGGUGAUGAGGAGCUCUUUGUCCUUACAUACUGUACCAAAAGAAAUACAGAUACUAUAGACAGGCGAUUCUGUUUUGACAUAGAAGCUUCAGACAGACCUGGAGUUCCUGUGACCAUGCAGGCAUUUUCUGAGGAAGAUAGGAAGCUGUGGAUGGAAGCCUUGGAUGGAAAAGAAGCUCUGUUCGUCAAUUUGAAUAGAGCAAAUGCAAAACAAGAGGCAAGUGCACAAUUGGAUAAGAUAGGGUUUACCAUCAUCAAAAAGUGCAUCAAUGCUGUUGAAAUACGAGGUAUAAAUGACCAAGGCUUGUACAGAGUUGUGGGGGUGAGUUCAAAGGUCCAGAGACUUCUGAGUUUGUUGAUGGAUGCAAAAACCUGCAAUGAAGUUGACCUGGAAAACUCUGUAGAUUGGGAAGUGAAGACAAUUACUAGUGCUAUGAAGCAGUAUCUGCGAAGCCUUCCAGAGCCACUGAUGACAUAUGAGUUGCAUGGAGAAUUCAUCGUUCCUGCCAAAAGUGGGAGUCCUGAGUCUCGAGUUAAUGCUGUUCACUUCUUGGUCCAUAAACUCCCAGAAAAGAACAAAGAGAUGCUGGAAAUUUUGGUGAAACAUUUAGCAAAUGUUUCAAAGCAUGCCAAGAGGAAUUUAAUGACUGUGGCAAAUCUAGGGGUGGUAUUUGGACCAACUUUAAUGAGGCCACAGGAAGAAACUGUAGCAGCCAUCAUGGACCUGAAGUUUCAGAAUAUCGUCGUUGAAAUCCUGAUAGAAAAUCAUGAGAAGAUUUUCAAAACCCUGCCUGAUGCCACUUUCCCUGAGCCAAUCUCUACGCCAGUGUCUCCUCCAAAUGCCCCACCAAGGCAAUCAAGAAGACAAGGACAACGUACCAAGAGGCCUCUGGCUGUUUACAAUCUCUGUCUUGAGCUGGAUGAUGGUGACAGUUACAACGUUCCCAGAGAAGACACCCCAACUGGGAGCAUGGAUUCUCUUUCUUCCCAGUCUCCGACACCUGCCUUCUCUAGUAGCCCUCUUGGGCUCCUGGAUGGAAAUCACCUUAUUAUGGAGAGCGGAGAUCUUGCAGGCUGGACAGCAAAUCU